UGGAUGCUCUAGUUCGACCCUGGAUCAAUUGACAGCAUAAAAUUGUUUUUUCUCUCGCGCGCAGGAAUUUGCUUGCAGAAUUUUCUCUUCCGGCUGAGAGUUUUCCCCCUAAAGCAGAGUAAAUUUUCUUCUUCUACUCCCUCUCACUCAGCCGGCUAUAUUUGGUGUCUUUUUACUGCCAACUGUCGCGUCACGCUGACGACAGAAAACUGGGUGGAGGAUUUUUCCAAGUGUUUUACUCCAAAAAGAGGGUGUUGCGGUAUUCUUCUGGUGGCCAGUUAAUUGUGGGUGUGGAUGGUUAAAAGUGCUUUUUGUUGGCCCACCUGUUGUCCUCUAAAAUUAGUUUUGCGAACACCACGAAACAUUGAGGGAUCAAAAUGUGUAAAUGUCUCACGGGAAGUGUCGUUUGCUGUUGCUGCUCAUGUGCCUGGAACAUCCUGCUCCUGAUCAUCUUUGUGGCAAUUGUCGUGGCCGUGGCAAUUGGUCUGGGCAUCUAUUUUGGCAUCUACCAUCCGGAUGAUCCCAAUGUGGCCAAAUUCUUCAAUCAAACCAUCGAAAAAGUGAAAGGAGGGUAGUUAGGGGAUGGUUCAUCGAAAGUUAUCCGCCCCAAAUGACGAAAUAUCUCCAACUAAUUCACCAAUAAUGUGCCGCGCUUUUUUGUGCUCCGCAGAACAAUAAUAGAUCCUAUAUAUUUUUCAUUACAAUAUCUAUCAUACAUCGCAAUGCUGAGCUUCGUGGGAGAGAAAUUCCAGCAGGACAUGGAAUAUUUAUUAUAUAUGCCUAAUGUGUUGUGAAAAAAAAAUGCUGAAAAUUUUUAAUUUUAUGAAAUAUACAAACUUCUGAACUCAAAAA